GAACGAAUCUUGAUCGUGAAACGGAAAAGGAAACAAAUGAAGCUCUCGUGACAUUUGUAGACCGGGGUACUUCGUUGUCUAUUCAACAGCAAAGAAAAAGAUUACCGAUUUAUAAAUCACAGUUAAGACUCAUCGUUUCCUCAGCCACAUUGGAUGCGGAGGCAUUUUAUGAAUUUUUUAAUACAAAUAUAACAAAUGAUUCGACAAAAGACAAUGUAUCUAUAAUAUCUUUGGAAGGCAAAAUGUUUCCGGUCGAUAUACAUUAUUUGAGUACUCCGUGUUCUGAGUAUGUGGAAGCUUCGAUACAGACAGUUUUUGAUAUUCAUGUUCAGGACGCGAUGAAAUUGAUUCCGCUGUCGGAGAAAUUUCAGAAAGGGCAACAAC